AUGAAGACAGCCCACCACAGCAUAGUAGAACCUCUGCUGGGUUUGUUCAGUUCUCUGCACCUGGAGGUUCAGGAUGAAGCUAUAAAUCUGUUUUUGGGUCUGAGGUGUUAUGAAGUGAGGCCGCUGCUGCUCGACGGACUGUUGGCUCUGCUGAGGCCAACUAAAGAAAAUGUGCAGCACCAGAAUAUGCAAGAGUCUGAGAUUAUCCAGAUGACGGGAUCUCUGCCUGUGUUUGUGCAACAAGCUGCUGCAGCUAAAUCUAUACGCUUGCUAGCUGAAGACAGUCAAGAAGUUUCUCGUGAGCUUCUCUCUCUCGGAGUGAUCCAACGUCUUCUGUACGCUAUGGGUAACAGGGAACACACCGAUGCCCAAAUACAAGCCAGUCUGGCCUUGAAGCACUUUGUCCGCUCAUUCCCAAAUAUUGAGGAACAUGUGCAGAGAGGCAUCGGCAGCACACUGUUUGCAGCUUUUAUGAACCAAGCUAACACUUUGUACAUGAAUAUGGAUGAAACACAAGCAGAAAUCCUGUUAACUAAUAAGGUUAACAUAACUGAAGUUUGGUAUGGGGACAACUCUGAAGGCUGAAAAAAAGUGAUUCAGAAGUCAGGCAGAUUAUUAAAUCAUAACAUUUUGGUAAAUAUUGUUAGUAUGUAAUUUCAAGGCGGUAAAAGGUGGGGUAUGUAAUUUAUUACAGAAACACUUUUUGUUAU